CUGUUGCAUAUGAGACUCAGAACCAACUUUGAUUCCUUCACCCUAGAGACAACAACUAUUCACCCUUUUCAACUCUCUUGCACUACUCACCUUUCUGCUCUCCUUCCUUGGAUUUUCAGCCUUAAUUACAUCAAUCCAGCAUAGUUCCAGCCUUUCAGACAGGGAGUGACAGCAUCCCAUAAUCUAAAACAAUCUCCAUCUUUUAUAAUUUUACUUUCUUUAACAAUACCAGUCAAACCCAGUUUUACCAACCACUUCUUAAUUUUGUCCUAUUUUAUGUGAUUUUUAACCAAAACCCACCAGUCAAACCAACCCAAGAUUGAAGCUUUUUGGCUUAAUUUCUCGCAAAGUGAUCAAAUAUCUCUAUUGGGUUCUCUUUGUUUGUUCUUAAAAGAGAUGAAUUUCAGGAGCUUGGAGGAUUUUUGGGCCUUUUAUGUGAAUCAGCACUCGAAACCAUCUACAAGGCGCUGGCACUUUGCAGGCACACUCUCGAGUAUUCUAUUAUUGAUUUAUUCUGUGUUGUUUAAUUGGUGGUUCUUGGUCUUUGUGCCGAUAUUUGGUUAUGGACUUGCCUGGUACAGCCAUUUCUUUGUGGAAGGGAAUGUUCCUGCCACUUUUGGGCAUCCGUUUUGGUCCCUUUUAUGUGAUUUCAGGAUGUUUGGAUUGAUGCUUACUGGGAAAAUGGAUAGAGAGAUCAAGAGGCUUGGAAAGAGACCUAUCUUACAGGGCUUCUAAGGCUCUAUCCAGGUCUGAGGAAAAGCUGUCUUUGAAAAUUGGAUUCAUGAAUAGCUUCAAACUUGGCAGAAUCAAAAGAGACAAAAGGUUUUGAGGAGUCUGUCAGACAACCUUGUGACCGUCCCAGCUGGUUAAGGCCAGCCAAGAACGAUCCUCUACGGCUUCAACCGGUCAUCAUGGACCAGAAAGGCUGUUAAUCACGCUCUGAUCACAAGGCUAUAGUUCAUCCACCAGACUUGAGAUCCUGUCUCCUUUGUGCUAAAGGAUACAGAGGUACGAGCCUAUAGAACAGAUCCUGUUCAAGUAAGGUCGUAUUAUAUAGAUCUUGCUUCAUCUUAUAAAUAUCAGUGAUUAAUAAUCUGAAUUUUCGAUGUGGGAAUCCAUCAGACCUUAGCGUGAAACGGCAUCGUUUCGGAUGCCCGUUUGUAGCCAUUAUUAUUUAAUGUAUAAUAGAAUUAGAUUUCUCCUGGCAAAUGCAAAGUUUUGAUUUAUAAUCU